AUGAGACUGCUCAACGUCCACACGCUGCAAUUCCAAGAAUUCCACGAUGGCCACGAUGUCCCGGCGUACAUCAUCGCCUCGCACCGCUGGCUGACGCCCGCGGACGAGGAGGCGACGUACAAAUGCGUGCUGAAGAAGAAGGCGAGGGAUUUUGCGGAGUUGCAGGAGAGUAUCAAUUCCAUGUUUCGGUGGUAUCGGCGGGCGAGGUGCUGUUUGGCGUUUUUGGGGGAUGUGGAUGAACUUCUGGCGCCGGCGACGGUGUUGUUUGUCGAUAGGAAUUGGGAGCGGAUUGGAUAUAAGGGGCGAGUGAGGAAGGACAUGAAGGGGUUUGUCCGGAGCGAAAACGAUCUGACGGGGAUUAUCCACGAGAUUACGGGGAUCCGCGAAUCGGUCUUGUACGACUACUGUGUCAGCCGAGGGUUAUCUUUUGAGGAGAAGCAGCAAUGGGUGGUGGGUCGGGAAACGACCCGAGAGGAGGACAAGGCGUACUGUCUGCUGGGGAUCUUUAACGUGUCGAUGCCGCUGGUUUAUGGGGAGGGAAGGAAGGCGCAGAGGAGGUUGCUGAAGGAGAUACAGGAAAAUGAGAGGGAGAGGGAGGCGAAGCGGGAGAGAAAGAUCCAUAGGAAGAGAACGGCGGCCUGGAUCAAGGAGAAAGCGACGGGCCUUGAGCAGUUGCAGCCUAUUCUUGAAGAAGAGCAGCAUUCGCCGGACGACUCUGUCGCUCAGCCUCAGAUGACGAAGCUGAAGCUACUGCCGCCUGUCUCUUCGGCGUUUGAGGAUGAGAGUACCAGGGAACAUCGCAACGUCGCCAUCAUCACCUCGCUACGGACCCGCUGGCAGGCCCAAGGCUCCCGUGACGGAGCAAUCCACUCCCUGGCGCGAGAUCUCGAGAAGCUAGGCUACGUCGACCCGGGCGGUUCCAUCCACAACGCGCUUCACCACACGCAGCGUCGAUCGAGGCAGGCCCAGAUGGCGUACCGUGAUAUGGUGCAGCUGGGCUGGACACACGAGCGAGGCGUCCAGUAUAUGAGGACGGUACUCCAACACGAUGGACAUGACCCUAGUGUGGCUCGCGCGAUGAUCGUAGAGUAUCUGAUGUAUGAUCCAGGGAUCGUUGAUGCUGGCAGCUUGCCGUAUAUUCCUGCGAAGCGGCAAGUGCCUGGAGCCGAAAAUGUGGUCGAAUCGACUUUCGAUGUUUUUGUACGGAUGCAUCUGUUCUGUUAG